AUGGCGAAAUCAAUGGCGACGCUAGAUUCUGGCACCACCUGUUCCUCCUGGAAUCACUCCGGCCACCGAUUAGCCGCCGGAUCCUUAGACGGAAUUCUCUCCGUUUACGACUCUCCUGUUCCCUCAGCUUCGUCUUCUUCUUCUUUCACUUGCACUUCCAAAGUUAGGGUUAGUGAAUCGAGUGUCGUAAAGAUCGUCUGGUUGCCUUCGGAAUACGGCGACGCAGUGGCCUGCAUUUGCGAAGACGGGAGUUUAUCGAUUUGGGAAGAGAUUUCUGAAGACUCGCAUGCUCUUGAGUGGAAACCGUGUAAGAGUAUCAAGAACAAGUCUAGCCAAGUGCUCGAUGUUCAAUUUGGGGUUUCGAGAAAGAGUCUAAAGAUGGCCGAGUUUCAGAAUGUUAUCGAUUCUCUGUCGACUCUCGGUAAGCCUUCAAGCUUGUCUGCAUCUGUUUCUUGGAAUCCAGUGAGGAGUGAAGAGCAAGAACCUAGCUUUGUUAUAGCUUUCAACUCUAAUUCUACACAUCUGAAUUCUUCCAAGAUAUGGGAGUUUGACGAAGCUCAUAACAGAUGGUUGGCAGUAGCAGAAUUGGCCUUACAAGACGACAAAGGUGAUCCAGUUUAUGCUGUGUCAUGGUCCCCUAAUAUUGGCCGACCAUACGAGGUUGUCGCUGUUGCAACUCAGAAAGGCAUCGGAAUAUGGCACGUUGGUCUAGCUCCUGACCGUGAAGGAAGGCUUCCGGUGAAGAAGGCCGCCUCGCUUUCUGGUCAUCAAGGCGAGGUUUGGCAGAUGGAAUGGGACAUGAGUGGCAUGACUUUAGCUAGCACUGGAAGCGAUGGGAUGGUCAAACUGUGGCAGUCAAACUUAAACGGAGGGAUGUUUCCGGUGGAUCCAUGGGCUCCAACCAUUGAUUCACAGAGCAUAGCAUCACAGCUCUUCGCUGUAUCUCUGUUUCCAUACAUAGGUUUCCUCUACUUCCUCACUAAAUCCAAAUCAGCUCCAAAACUCACACUUUUCGGAUUCUACUUCUUGCUUGCCUUCGUUGGAGCUACAACAAAGGUGCAUUAUGGAACAUCGUUGUCGAAUGUUGAUUGGUUGCAUGGAGGAGCUGAAUCACUUCUCGCUCUUACAAAUUUGUUCAUCGUGUUGGGUCUCAGACAAGCUCUGAGGAAGCCUGAAGAUAAUAAUGAUGCGGAAACUCCAACAACUCAAGAACAAGAGAAAUCUUCGGUCUAGUCAAUAACCGAAAGUUGUAUUUAGUCAAUAGUGUAUAACAAUAUGCAAUCUUUAUUUUUUUUGUCUAUCAUCUUCAUCCAUUAGUUAAUGUAUGUUUUUUUUUUAAGAUUUCUAUUUUACCUAUUUCGUUUUCUUAAGAGUUCUUUAUUAAAAGUGAAGGUUAUAUAGCAAACUCUUUAUAAAUUAAUAUUCGAUAAAUUAAUAAUUAUUGUGUCAGUAUAAAAAUUAGCAAAUUUUAAUAAAAUAGUAAGAUAAUAA